CUUCAGCCUCACUCUUUCGGGCUCCUGGAUGGAGAUACCACCAAAUAUCCAUUCACUACUCCGGCAUUGACUUAACCCACAUUCCUUUCCCACCGUUGCCAGCCUCCACCUCGUCUUUUGCACCUAUCUUUUCUAUCUUCUAAGAUUAUUCGCGCGCUCUCUAACCUUACUGCAUCACCAUGCCUCGUAGGAAGGCCUUGUUGAUCGGUAUCAACUACUACGGUACCAAAUACCAACUCAACGGGUGUAUCAACGAUGCCAUGAACAUACGUGAAUACCUGGUCCGGGACCGUGGAUUUUCGCCAGGGCGUCAUGAUAUGGUUGUUAUGACCGAUGCUCCCGAGAACAGGGGCACGCCAUUCGAGCCUACCGGUGCCAAUAUGAUGGCGGCUUUCCGAUGGCUUGUCUCUGGCAAUAAUCCUGGAGAUUCCGUCUUUCUGUCCUACUCUGGCCAUGGAGCUCAAGUCAAGGAUCCAGAUGGUGAUCGAGAAUCUGGAUUUGAUGACACCAUCUGCCCUCUGGACUUUGAAAGCCAUGGGCAGAUAGAUAGUGACACGCUGCAUAAAGUCCUUGUAUCACCAAUGAUACCCUCCGCUCGGUUGACGGUUCUCUUUGACUGCUGUCACAGCGGUUCCGCAAUCGAGCUUCCAUAUGUUUACCGCCCAAAUUCAGCAGGACAGGUUAACCUUAUCGACAAUGUGAAGCAAGGCAUCAAGCUUGCCAGCUCAGCUAUGAACCUUCUCCACGGAGGAUUUUCGGCUUCCAAGAUUCAAGAGGCUAGGGCGCUGAUUGGAGGAGCGCAAAGCUUCUUUGCCUCCCUGCAUCACCGACCCGACGGGCCUACCAAUGAGAAUGGACUAGGGGAGGAAACCUUUGUUGAGGAUUGGAAGAAUGAGGGAAAAGAUGUUUGGAUGUUCAGCGGCUGUGCUGAUAACCAGACGUCGGCCGACACGAGUAUUGCUGGAGCUGCAACAGGCGCCAUGUCGUAUGGAUUUAUCAAGACAAUGAGAGAAAAUCCAAACCAAAGCUACGUCGAGGUCCUCCAAAACACACGACAGCUCCUGGCCCAGCAUUACCAGCAGAUCCCCCAGUUAUCCGUGGGUGGGCUGUAUGAUCUGCGUCAAAGAGUUUCUUUUUGAGCAGCCUUUCCCAAGAAGUGGUCCUGAGUUGCAGCCUGUGUUGGUUUUGGUUUAGUGACCUUUAUAGGAUCAUAUAAAUGAUGAAAUAGAGAACCAGAUACCCUUAGACUCGGGAUUGAUUCUCCGUUUCGGUCUGCCAACUUGAGCAACUGCUACUUUAAUCUGAGCUGAGACUGAG